CGCGCACUUUCCCCAUCCACUUUCGUUCCCCGCCGCCGAUAUCCAAUCUUUCUCCCCCCGCCGCCACCCAUCACCAAACCCGCGGCCACCCAUCGCGAAUCGAAACAUAAUGCUCCGUCAUGAGAUGGCCGCCGUCGGACGCUAUGCGGAGCUCCUCGCGGGGUGCCGCGGGGACGCGCGGCCGAUCGCGCGGAUCCAGGCGGCGCUGACCACGUCGGGCCUGCUCCGGCGCAGCGUGGAGCUCCACGACGCGCUCAUCCGGGCGCUCGCCAGCUCCGACCGGUUCAGGCCACGGAGGCUCGGACCCAAACCACUCUCGGAGGGCCACGCCUCUUCUCCCUCCGCUGUUCGCUGAUGGCGCCCACGCCGGCGCGCGCCGCCGCCGCCGCCGCCCACUCCCUGCUACGGAGAACAAGAUGCUACGCGGCGGCAAGUCGGAUCCGACCAACGGCGAGGGACUUCUCCAGCGCUCCCGCGGGGGCAACCGAGCCGCAGGGCGCCCCGGCGAACGUUGCUGGCGUGAAACCUGGGGAUGACGAGCUCGAUGUGGCUAUCGUCGGCGGAGGCAUGGUGGGCUUGGCCGUUGCCUGUGCACUCUCCAAUAUGCCACUGACCAAGCAUCUGCGGGUCGCCAUCAUCGAUAGCAAUCCUGCUUUGAAGUCGAGAGGUUAUCUCAAGAAAGAUGGUGUACCUGAUUCAAGGGUCGGCACUGUUACCCCUGCAACCAUUUCCUUCUUCAGAGGACGGUGGCGUCUAGGUGAUUCAGCUUGCCCCAGGCAACGAGCAGCUCCAUUGUACUUGAGCAUCUUCGCAAGGUAUAUGGACAUCGCCUUCUUCGGGUGGAGUGAAAUUCAAGUCUGGGAGCACCAUAUUGAUCUGAUUGUUGCUGGGUCUCUUCGUUCAGCUAGGUGCCAGUCAUCGACAACCUGGGCGAGGAGUUGCUUGGGCCAGGAAAAUAAUCCGGAGGAGAUUGUUCUCCAAGAGCUCCAGGUUGAAGAAGUUUGAAGACACUCGGUGGAAAUUAUGUAGUUAUCAAAUUUGUAGACCUAGUAAUACUGUGAUUGUAUACACAUCUGCUUGUGAGAUGAUCUACAUUGACUAAUUUUGGGUGUUAUUUGAAGUAUAAUUACGUGCAUUUUUUGUGUAUUCGAUUUAAAUGUGGCUUA